UGCCCCAUAGAUUGAGAAAAUCUAAAACAGUAUCCAAAACCUUUACUUUCUAUUUGUAUAGGUUUGGUUACCCAAAAAAACUACCAAAAAAACAAAAACUAAAACAAAGAAACAACCUCUUUGGUUUCAUUGUUUUAGGGCUAGGGAUUUUGUUUCUGCUUUUGUUUAAUUUUGUGUUUGAUCUUCCAAACACAAACUCUAAAAAAAAUAAAAAAUAAAAAAGAUGGAAGGAGAGCUUCAAGACUGGGAGGUGCUUCCCAACUCGGAGAGUGGCGUGGUUGACUCGUCCGAGUUAGAUGAAACAAAUCAGAGAGAAUUCGAGGGAAUCGAAGGUGACUCGGAGGGGAUGAUUAGGUCUGAUUACUUCUCGCUGGAGAAUCAGGAGAGGUAUGCAAAGACUGCUGUUGUUGCCGCGAGCGAGGCUGGUGACUCGGUUGAGUCAGACAAUCCGAGUUGGGUUGAUCCCGGGUCGGAGACUCGGUUUGCAAAUAAGAGCUCGGGCGAGCUCUGGUCCGAUUCGAGCAGCGAUCGUUCUGACGAGCGUAAAUCCGGCGACUUUGAUGCUAAACAGGAACUGGGUCUUUCGGAAACUGUGAAAAGCCCAGUGGGUUUUCAAGGGAUUGAAGAAAUGAAAGCGGUGGAUGGAAAUUCGGCUAAAUUCGAUGACUUUGAUGUAAAGAACGAAUUGGGUUCUUCAGGAAAUGCGAAAAUCCAAGUGGGUUUUGAAGGGUUUGGUGAAAUUCAGACCCGGGAUAAGGAUUCAAUCGGGUUCUGGGCUGAUUCUGGUGGUGAUGCAUUGGUUUCAAUGAAAUUUGGUGAUGAUUAUGUUAAGCAAACAGAGGAGGGUGAGUUUUCGAGUGAUUCGGAUGGCGGAAAUGGCUCAAUGAUUGAGAACAAAGCUGUUGAGGUUGCAGAGGUGAAAUCGGAUGCGAAAUCCGGCAGAGAGGGAGAGAGGAAGAGUGUGGUUUGGUGGAGGGUUCCUUUUGAAUUGUUGAAGUAUUGUGUUUUUAGAGUUGGCCCGGUAUGGUCGUUCUCUGCGGCCGCAAUGAUUAUGGGAUUUGUUAUCUUGGGACGGAGAUUGUAUAAGAUGAAGAGGAAGAGCCAGGGCUUGCAGCUGAAGGUUGCUGUUGAUGAUAAGAAGGUAUCCCAAUUCAUGAGUCGCGCUGCACGCCUUAAUGAAGCCUUUUCAGUUGUGAGGCGGGUCCCUGUUAUUCGACCUUCACUUCCAGCCCCUGGUGUGGCUCCAUGGCCUGUAAUGAGUUUGAGAUAAAUUCUUAUAAAAUAGAUAGGGGAAAGAGAAGAGGAAGCAGUGUCUACCAAUUAAUAUCUAAGAUUUAAAUGUUGCUUUGUAUGAAACUGUGAACCACCAUUUCCUUUAUGUAUGAACUCUGAAGUUGUUAAGACAGCAUUGCAGCAAUUCAUGUACAAAUGCAUAUUAUUAUUUCCUUGUGUACAAA